AUGGUUCAAUGUCUCUUAUGUUGGUAUGUUGCUGAGGGUGUAUUAGUAAGGACAACAUUCUUGCAUGGUUUGGAUAUACCGAAGACAAGCGAAUCACAUGAAGAGUUGACGGAAAUCGGAAAAUUAGCAUGGAAGGUCUUUUUUGGUCUUUUGCCAGUCGGUGUGGUAAUAAAGACAGGAAGAUAUGUUAGAUGUUUAUCACCUUUCAUUUUAUUUCGUAUUUUCUGGAGUUACAGCAUUUGUUGUCGUAGCAUUCGUUGUUACAGCUGAUUGGCAAGUAUUAUUUGCUGAUAUAUUCCAAAGUUGGUAUCAAUUAAUCAGAAAUUUCUUCUAAUGUAGAAAACGUGAAGUCUUUGCCAUUUUAAAAAUAAGCUAUCACGAAAAACCGAUGGAGAUUGAUUUUAUUAUCGAAGAACUACAAAUUUUUCGGCGGAAACACUUUUUUGCGUCCUAAUCUGUUUGUCAAAGUUUGUGUUCCUUCAAUUAUUCAGGCACUGAUAUAUUCCAUUGUAAG